AUGCAACAGGGAGCGGUUUCCCAUUCGGUUGAUUCUGGGUUUCUUUCGGAGCCCGAGGGUGGGGGAAUGCGCGCAGCGUUGCGCGCACGGGCGCAUGGGGGAAGCGCUGGCGUUGCAGGCGCAGCCGCAAUCCGCGCAAUGACGGCGCAGCGUUUUGCGACAGAAGCCGCGCAGCUACGCGGGUUGGAGCAGGCGCUGGCGCGGGCGGGCUCCUCCGCGGCGGUCGUCAGCGCAAAUGGCGCGAAAGCGUCGGCUACUGGGGGUGAACAAAAGGCCGCGGGUUCAAGUGUCACGACUGCAGCGAAAGGCAGCAAUCUGAUGACGCAGCUGCUCCAUUCAAGCACCCUCGCGUCUAUCACUGCGGCAACAGCAAUGGGAGGGGCAGGUUCGUCGAAUCAAACGAGCCAGCUUUCAAAGCCUGUAGCGACUACUGUCUACCACCUCCGCACGCACCCCGCGGGGGCGCCUGCGCUACAAAUCUCCCCGCUCUUCCUAGCGUACCUCGAAGCUUCCAAGAAGCUUCACGGAUACAGCGUGUUCGAGCUCUCGUGUCAGCUAUCGUCCGUCCACCUCUGGCCGCAACCGGCGGCGCAAUACAAGGGGGUCGCCAUGCGCCUGCUGCACGCGGGGGGAGCUCCGCAGCAACGCUCCGCCGCGCGACCGGCGGGGGGAAAAGGCGCAGACUGGGAGGCGCUGCAGCGGAGUCCGCUGCUGCAAUUUUACGUCUUCUGCCGCCAGAUGCUCCUCGAUCUCCUCGCCUCCUCCGCCGCUGCGCUCGACGUUUGCCCCCUUGCGCGCGCUGAAGCGGCUGACGUGGCUGCUGGUCCGGAUGCGAAUGUGAGUGCGAAGGCGGCGUUUUCGGGCAUCGCGCUGUCGUUCGCGCGCAAGCUGUCGGACCUGCGGUGCCUCCAAGCCGCCAUGGGCGUCUGUUCUCGCUGCCGGAAAGUCUCCGCUUCUCGCGGCGAUGCUGCGUGCGUUUGCGCAUCUGACGGUGGGAAUGAUGGCGUGUCCUCUCCGCAACUCGCGGAGAAAUGGCUGGCGCUCUGCCGUGGACGAGAGGAGGCGGAAGGCCCGGCGAGAAUAGCGGCGGAUGGGGGAGGGGGAAGUAACGGCACAAGCAGGAAAAGCGCGGGACAGGCUGCUAUUGGCUCGUGGGAGAGCGAGGGCGCGGAGAUGUUGGAGGUGGUGGCUCGAGUAAUCACAGCCGUCCGAUCUCAGGAGAUCAUCAGCAAGUUUAAAGAGCGCAUGGCGGAGAUCGACGGGGCGGAGAGCGCAGGCGGAGGGGAAAUGGGUAGUGCCCGAUCGGCGGAGGCGCAGGCGGUAAAAGAGGCGGAAGAGCGCGUGGCGGGAGCGCUGGAGCGCGCAUGGGUGGGGGGGUGGGAGGAGAGCGAGGGGGGCCAGGGGGAGGGCGGAGGCGGAAGCGGAAACCUGGUGCCCGUGAUCGUGCCGUGCCGCGCCCAUACUGCUGCUUCCGCCUCUUCCGCCUCCUCCGCCUCCGCGUCGUCCGCGGCGUCGCUGCAGCUGCAGCUCGUGAUGCUGCCCUUCGUGCUGCCUCUCUCUAAGCGCGAGCAGCGCCAACCGCAGCAGCAGCUCCCCCACACGAACAUCCGCGCUCAGCCAACCAAAAGCGGCCACGUGUUCCCGUCGCAGCCGCGCGACGUGGCGCGCUGGCUCGUGCACAUGGCAUGCGUCGACGCCUCGUUGCGCCACAUGGCAGCUGCUGACGUAGACCGCGUACUCUGGGCGCUGGAACGGGGCCUCGUCCACGUGUCAGGCUCGGUCGCGAACCGCUCAGGCUCGACAACAGCCUCAGCAGCAGGUUCGGCAGGGAGGCUCGGAGAGCGAGAGAGGCUGCUGAGGAUGCAGCAGCAGGUGACGGCUCUGGUAACUCUGGUGCUGGAGCCGCAAAUCCCGGCGUCCUUGGCGCCUGCUGCUGCGGGCGGUGCUACUGGUGGUGGCGGUCGGAAGGCGAUAGAAGCGGCAAGCCUUGAAAGUCGUAAUUCUGCGGGCAAUGCUUCGACUGCUCAGGCUGCUGCCGUUGCUGUUGCCCCCGUCGCCGCUGCAGACGCCGCCGCCCCUGCUGCUUCCCCUGCUGGUCCUCCUGUCGCCGCCGCCGCCGCCGCCGCUGCCGCCACUGGCGCUCGUCGCGACUCGGACGCUUCCGCCGCCGCUGCGGUGGUGCUAGUGCCGGCCGAAAGUGACUGUAACGGCGGUUCAGAAGCAGCGGGGAAGGAGGAGGAAACAAGCAGUGGUGCGCACUUAGGCAUGCCGGCGGCGCUGCUGCCGUCCAAACUCGCUGCCUUCGCUGAUAUCGGCCUGCCGGCCGCCUCUCUUGCGGCCACCGCAUUCGCUGAUAUUGGCCUCCCCGCCGCCUCCGCUGCUGCGAGUGAGGAGGCGGAGAGUGAGGAGUGGCAUGACGCGGAGGAAGGGGGAGAGCAGGCGGAAGAAGGGACGGGAGAGCGGGGGAGGAUUAAGGUGGGGGAAGCGGAGGGGGAAAGGGAGGCGCAGGCGGAAGGGAAAGUGCAGGGGAAGAAUGAGGAAGAGGUGACCGUGGAGAGCAAGAGUGGCAACGAUGAGGCGCGGUCCAACGCGGUGCAAGUCGAUGCUGGCGCUCAGAAGUCCCUCGUUUGCGUUCCAGAAGAGGGGGGCGCUGCAGAAGAGGAAGAGGAGGAGCGAGCAGAGGGAGGCGAGGCGGCGAGAGAGGAGGAGAGUGAGAAGGUGAGAGAAGAGGGAGUCAAACCGGAAAAGGUGGAGGAGACAAAGGAGAGUGAGAAGGUGGGAGAGGAGGGGGUCAAGGAGGAGGUGGAGGGGGAGGGGGAGAAAAGGGAGGAAGAGAAGAGGAUUGAAGAGGAGGGAGGUGGCGAGCAAGAAGAGCUGCUGGCGCAACUGGCGGCGCUGAUGCCGGCGGAAGGGACGUGCGACCGACCCAGUGGACAUACAGUCGGAGGGGGCGGACAGACGAAGGUGGCGGAGCGUGAGGGCGGAGGGGGCGGAGAGGGCGGAGGGGCGCGCAAGUGGAUGGACGUGGGGGACAUGGUGGCGCUAUGUGAGCGCAUGCUGGAGGGGGAGGAGGGAGCGGGGGAGAAUGGGGAGGGGGAGAAGGUGGAGGAGCGGCAGGCUCGCAGUGGUGAGGCGGAAUCAAAGAGCGGUGGAGGGAGCGGGAGUGGAAGUGGGAACGGGGGCUGCAGUGAUCAAGGGUCGGAAGGCGGUGUGACUGCAGAGGGGCAAGACUCCCUGCCUGCGCUGCUCGCUUGCGCCUCCCCGCCCAUGUCCCCGCGCGCACGGCCCGCCGUCCAAUCGUCCUCUGCCACGUCAUCACCCGCCUUCCGCGCGCAGCUGCCGUCAGCGGCGCUGGAGUGGCGCGGAAAGACCGGAACUUCCGCGUAUGCUUCCCCCAAGGCUGCGCCAGCAUCACUCUCCGCGCUCGCUUCCCCCAAAGCUGCGCCAGCUACGUUCACGUCCCCGGCACUGCGCGCAGCUGCCGCCGCCAGAGCCGCCGCCGCCGCCGCCACCGCUGCCGUCGCCCGCAGCAUGGACGGGCGCGCGGGGAGCGCGGUAGGCCCCGGGGCGGGGGAGAGCAGCGCCCACAUGGUCCAUUCUCCGCUGCUGUCGCGCAUGCAGCAGCGCGUGAAGGGGGAGGGGGCAGCAGCGCACGGCUCUCCGGAUGCCGCCAGGAUGCGCGCUGCGGAGCUUCCGCCACCGCUAGACCUCCGCUGGUCACAUGACGUCACCCCUCCCGCUGCUGCUGCUCGUGCUGGUGAUGCUGCUGCUGCUGGUAGUGCUGCUGCUGGUGGUGGUGGUGCAACGAAGGCGGGGGAUGCGGGGUUGAGAUCGAGUGGCGGGUGGCAGCGCAAGGGGGAAUCGACCGCGGCAAAGGCGGCGGUGGUGCGCGCGGAGGCGGCUGCGGCGGCGGUGACGGCGCUGGUGGCGCGGAUCGCGCAGGAGCAGGAGCUCAUGCGGCGAUCCGUGGAGAAAGAAGAGGAGCGGGCGAGGGAGAGGGAGGAAGAGAGGGAGAGAGAGAAGGAGAGGGAAGAAGAGAGGGAAGAGAGGAUGCAGGAGAGGAGGAAGGAGAAGGAGGAGAAGGCAAGGGCGAGUGUGAAAACGAGGGAGGGUGGGAAGGAGAGUGGGAGGGCUAGGGGAAGAGAGGGCGCAGGGGGAAGGGUGUUGGGGAAGAAGGCGGGGGCAGGGGGGCAUGGGGCGGGGAAUGGCGGAACUGCUGCGUCGUUUGACUUCUCCCUGGUGUUUGGGGGGAUGGACGGGGGGCGGGGGAAGGGGGAGAAGGCGGAGAAGCGGGAAGGGGAGGGGGAGCGAGAGAAGGGGCAAGUGUCUCGGUCCGUUGACUGGGCAGAGAUCGGGAGGAUUGAGAGAGGAGAGGUGGUUGGGGAGAGGGAAGGGAGCGAGGGUGUGGAGUGGGAGGAGGCUGGGGAGGGGAGUGAGAGCAUUGGAGUACUGGUUUUCGAGGAGGGAAGGGCAGAGGAGGAAGUGGAGGCGAAAGGGAAGAAGGAGCAGGUGGAGAGGAAGGAGAGAGAGGCAAGGGAGAAGGAAGAGAGGGAGAAAGAGGAGAGGGAGAAGGAAGAGAGGGAGAAAGAGGAGAGGGAGAAGGAAGAGAGGCUCGCAGCAGUGGCAGCGGCUGCUAGAGCAGCCGCAGAGGCCGCAGCAAAGGCUGCCGUUGCUGGCAGCGCUGGUUUAGGUGCUGCAGAGCUAGUGGAGGGAUGGGUGGAAGGGGAGGAGGAGGAGGAGGAGGAGGAGGAGAGUUCAACGUGCCAGUCGUGCUCUCAGUCUUCGUCGCACUCAUCAGAGGACCGAGUGACAGCCGUGGUGGUUGAUGGGGGGGAAGAGGUUGGUGUUGCUGCUGCUGUGGGCACAGAAGUGGCAGGAGCGGGGUCAGGAGUGGGAGACGCCGCAGCAGGAGAAGGUGAGGAGCAGUUUGGCAUGCCGGUGGCGCUGCUGCCGUGCAUGCACUCGGAAUUCACUAGCAUUGGCCUGCCUGCCGCCCCUGCUGGGACUGCUGAUGCUGCUCAGCCUUGUGCGAUUGCACCGGUUACUGCCCCUGUGGUGACUUCAGCAGGUGAUGUGAAUGCUGCUCCUUCCACCCCACCGCCUGCUUCCAAGACCACUCCUGACAAGCAGCGCAGUCAGCGUAGUGAAAGCAUCACAGGACGAAGUUCGGGUGGUGCAAGGGACAAGCCAACAGCAGCAAGGGGGAGUGGAGAGUGCGGGAGCGGAGAAGGAGCAUUCACUGCCACCACUGCUGCCACUGGAGCAGUAGCAGCAGUGGGUGCAGCAGCAGCGACCGCUCCCAAGGUCCGCAAGGGGGCUCUCAAGAAACCUGGGAGUCCUUCCCGCUUUGCUCGGCGUCACAGUGAGCAGCAACCACAGCAGCCGCAGGGCCAGCAGGGGCAGCAGGGCCAGCAGGGGCAGCAGGGCCAGCAGCAAGGUCAGCAGCAGCAGGAGCAGGAGGCAGAGGGGAGGAGGCUCAUCCCACGUGUGUCCUUUGCAGCAGUGGCGCUGCUGCUGGUGCCAGGGGUGGGAGUGGAGCAGGUAGCAGUGCGCAUGCACACAGACGACCACCGCGCCCCCCUCAUCAGCCGCAGCGGCGUCCCCGCCCGCUCCACUUCCCCUGGGAGAGGCUCUCCCUCCCCCAGUAAAACCCACCCUUCCUCCUCUUCAUCCUCUUCCAUCACGUCCGCGUCCUCCCCCUCCCCUGGUAGAGGCUCUGCUUCCGCUGCUUUCUCGGGCUUCUCCCCUUCCCCUGCGUCUGUCAAGAGUGGCAUGAUUUCGCCGAGGGGAUUGAUUUCGGGCCGGGCAGGGGCAGGCAUGGUGUCUCCCGGGAGGAAGAAUGUUGCUUCUCCGGGCAGGGAACUUUUGUCUCCGGGCAGGGGUGGCAGGGGCGGGAGUCGGGAAGCUGGUGGUGCUGCUGGUGCUGCUGGUGGUGGUUGGAGUGACCAUGAGACAGAGAGUUGCGAUGAAGCAGCAGCCCCCAGGGAGCACAGGGCGCCCACCCCGGCACGUCCCCGCCGUUCCGUCUCCCAUACCUCUAUCUCUUCAGAUGCCCCACUCGUUCGCACCGCCUCUACACCAGCUCCUUCUGCGCCUGCCGCCUCUUCUGUCUCACCUGCUGUCUCGGCUACCACCUCGCCUGCUGCUGCAUGCACGCCGUGCGUCACCACAGCCUCGUCCAUACGCCAUCGCAUGAAGGACUAUGACCAGUCGCGCAUCGACCGCCUCAGAGACGGUGCGCCUCUUGUGCGUGACCCCUCGCAAGGUGGCAUGCCCCUUGUGCGCGACUCUCCGCAAGGUGGCAUGCCCCUUGUGCGCGACUCCUCUCUGCCUCUGCCUCUCGUCCGUGACACCUCCCUCCCGGCUCGCCUCUCUCACCCGCAGCCAACCCACCAGCAGCAGCAACAGCAGCAGAUGCCAGCACCUAUUCCCGAGGACGAGGAAGUUCUUCCCCUGCGGUCCCGCCGCAGCUCCAAGUCCCCCUCGCACACCUCCUCCCACCACUCUCCUCACACCUCCCACCUCACAGCACAGGCGGGUGUCACUCCCCGCCACCCCCGCUCCGCUGUUCCCUCUGCCAAGGCCUCCCCGGCCCAGAGCAGCAGCAAGGGCUCUCCUGCUGCCCUCUCUCACUCCUCUUCUAGACUCUCCUACUCCACCCCGCCGUCACCCGCACGGUUUGGCCUCGUACCCCCCUCCCCCACGCACUCCCUCGUUUCCUCCACGUUCGCUCGGAUCCCCGCGUCUCCCGGCCGGGAUUUGUUCGGGGGGUCGGCUUUCAGCAAGGAGCGAAAGGUGGAUAACGGUGCAGGGCAAGCAGGCAGCGGACCGGAGGGCGUAAAGAAACUUUCAAAGGUGCCCGAGGAGCCGGGAGAGAGAGCGGGAGGGGAGAAGGUGAAGGACUUGAAGCACAAGUGGAGGUUUCCCAGCAUGCUGCUUCGAGUGGGCGGCGGGAAGUCGUGA